UAAUACACCUGUAGAAAACUUGCACCUGUUCUAAUGUUUUGCAUUAGGUUUUAUUAUUGCAACAUCUGUUCCCCUUUACAGUAUAAAUUGUUGCUUUGGGAUAAAUAAUGGGAGCAUACAAAAAAAAAGCAUACAAAAUCUCACACACGUGAAGCAUAUUUUGAUUUUGCUUCAGGGAAUUCCUGGAAAAGUAAAUGGCUUACAAAGAAGAGUUGAAUGCUAUCCAUGGAAAAUUUCUUCUCUCCUCCCUUCCAUUUAUAAACAGCAGGAUCUGCUUGCUGGAGUUCAAGCGAAAUCAUGUCACUCACUGGCGCUUCAGCAAAGGAAAAGGAAACAGAGUGUAUUCGCUUUCAGUCUACCUUGUUGUGGAGUUCAGGGAUCGGGAGAGACUAGAAUCUGCACAGCUAGAAUCUGCACAGCAAGCAAAAGCAGAGGGGGAAUCUUGUGAUAAGCCUUGGUGGCUUAAUAAACCUCACCCCACUAACUGACAUUCCCAGAACCUGUCAGUGCAUUUGGAUUGUGGCCUAGAGACGUCAGUUUAGCAGCUAAACCCACUGAACAUUAUCUGCUGGAAAACUUUUUUGCUGCAACGCCUCUCCCUUCACAUACUCUGGAUUUCUAUGCAGACUUGCUGAAACAGCUAGAAGCCAAGGGGCCAAAGAGGAAAAAUAAGCAAUAAUUUCAGUUACUGUGGAUUCACCUUUUCUUUAAGGCAGUGAGAACCAUUGUUGCUUGCAGCUGACUGAAUAUAAGUUAGUGGUCUAAUAUUGAUGUCUGGAACCUUUGUUUGCAAGUAAAUUUCUUUACAAUCUCAGACAAGAGCCAAUGUCUGGGGACCUCCAGUCUGUAGAUAAUUUAUGACAGCCUAAAAAUAUAUAUGCAUGCUCAUAAAUACAAAUAAUUGCUGAUGUGGAAUACUUUCCACUAUAUAUACUAUAUUGGUCCUGUAAAACAAAAGCAAUAUGCCUCAGUAUAUAUCAAUUUGUGAUGUUAAUGGUAUAAUAUAGUAAAACAGGCAGUUGUUAUAGAAUGUCUAUAUUUUGCUUGUUUCAGGAUGAACCAUUAUCUGGCUGUACAAUAAGCAUUUUGUCAUUUUUACCAAGCAACUUCCCUAAGAUGUCAGAGAUGUGUUCUGGUCAGUAUAGGACAGUAGGUUCAUCUCUGCACAUAGGAAUCAACAGAAAUGCUGCCAUGAUAACCAAUGAAUUUGUUCCUUUCUGUGAGUGAAGUAUCCCUGCAGUAUUGCUAAAGGAGGCUUAAACGGAUAUUUCUUUAAACGUCCAGCACAAAUCAUUGGCGAUAAAGAAAACUUGAUAGAUGUGGGUUUAAAUUAUAUGUCAGCUACUCCUGGAUGCUUCCCUAACAGCCAUGACAAUUUAUCAGGGAGGUUUUAAGAAGUCCCUGCUUUCAAGUAAUUAAACUGACAGUGCACUGCUUUGGGACUCUCUGCAAGUCCUUACUUUAAUGAAGCAUUAAGAGAACAGCCGCUGCUAUUGGUUUGGCUGAGGUAGAUCCUUCGCCUCCAGAAUGCCUCUGAUAGAUUUGUAUUGAUCAGCACAGGCUGAAGGCUUCGGAAUUGUCUGUGUUCAGCAGAGAGCUGUGCUACGGCUCUCUGCACUCUCAUACCCUGCUACCACAUUCCUCGUUCAGAGAAGGGAUUUCUGGAUGAUGCUUCUCCUGCUCUGCACAUCUGGACUAUAACCAGUGUAUUUAAGUAUCAGCAGAGAGCAACAUCAUGGAUCUUAUCGCCAUUUUUUCAACAAUUCUGGUCGUUUUUCUUAAUUGCUGUAAAGGGACCAGUCUUGAGAGUGUGGAUCAGAUCCCUCGGGCAGGACAAAUUGUCUGUAAAAAUGGAAGAGAGAAGCCAUGCUACAAGGUUAUUUAUUUCCACGAUACUUCUCGGAGGGUAAAUUUUGCAGAAGCCCAGGAACAGUGCAAACAGGAUGGGGGUCACCUUAUGACUAUACUCACUGAAGCUGAACAGAGUUUCAUAGAGAGUCUCAUCCAGAGCAUGCGUGUGCCGGAAGGGGACUUCUGGUUGGGCCUCUGGAGGACAGAAGAUGAAACCCAAAACUCCAGCGACUGCAAUAGCUUGUAUAAUUGGGUUGAUGGCAGUAAGCCUACAUUUUGGAAUUGGUACGCAGAUGAGCCCUCCUGUGGCAGUGAGGCAUGCGUAGUGAUGUACCACCAGCCUUCCGCCCUCCCUGGGGUUGGUGGACUCUACAGGUUCCAGUGGAACGAUGAUCGAUGCAACAUGCGCAACAACUUCAUAUGCAAAUAUUCAUUAGAAAAAACAACAGUUCAUUCCUCUACCAAUGCUCCCAAAAUAGACACAGUGAACCCUCAAGAUCCAGAGGAAUCCGUUAAAAAAAUAAAUGGAACCGACCAGAAAAUUGAUGAGAAUGUAGUCCAUUACAUCCUUAUUGCUGCAAUCCCGCUGCUAACAUUAUUCGUGAUAUUCAUUGGAGUGGUUUGUUGCUGUAUUGCAGAAAAGAGGAAAGAGAGAAGCAGUGAAACACCUGUAAAAGAACCAAGUUUCUGGAUGUCUCCAAACCGAAGGAACAGUCCAAAUUUGGAGGUUUACAGCGUCAUAAAGAGGCAAAACGAGGCAGACUUGACUGGGACCAGGCCAGAUAUCCGCAAUACUUCAUUCCGAGUGCAUUCAGGGGAAAAUUCCCCACCAGACAACCUCUCUGGGGACUAUGACAAUUUGGAAAGGCACCACUCGGAGAGCGGUUUUGUGACACUAGCCAGUACAGAGAGCGGAUUCGUCACCAAUGAACUGUAUGAACUGUCCAGUGAAAGAUUCGGCAGGAGCACAGAAUCAGGCUGGGUUGAAAAUGAAAUCUAUGGAUAUUAAAAUAAAUAACAAAAAACUAUACCAAAAAUGAGCAGAUGUCAGUGGACAUGCUAACUAUUUUUUCAUCAAAAAUAUAUUGUCUUAAAUUUGAUCCUGCUAUUUCUGAAUGGAAUGCUAAUCAUCUUGGACUGAACUCUUUGCAGUUAUUCUUCCUAGGAUUCCAUGGAUUUGCAUUAAAGAGAAAAUAUAGAACACAA